AUGUCUGAUUUGAAAGUUGACGCAGGAGCGUGGUCGCAAGUCGCCAACUCCGGGCCCAUCUCCAUUUUGUCAUAUUGUGCGUCCUCGAUCCUGAUGACCGUCACAAACAAGUUUGUUGUCAACCGUGACAGCUUCAACAUGAACUUUGUGAUGCUGUUCGUGCAAUCGCUAGUGUGUACGUUGACGCUUGUGGUGCUUAAGACGCUGGGCUUCGCCAAGUUCCGUCCUCUCAACCGUACCGACACGAAGAACUGGAUCCCCAUUUCCGUGUUGUUGGUGCUCAUGAUCUACACCUCGUCCAUGGCCUUGAAGUUCUUGGCCGUUCCAAUUUAUACCAUCUUCAAGAACUUAACCAUCAUUUUGAUUGCCUACGGUGAGGUGCUAUUUUUCGGUGGCCGCGUCACCCCAAUGGAGCUCUCUUCUUUCAUGCUCAUGGUGUUGUCCUCUGUUGUGGCAACCCUUGGUGACCAGCAGGACACUGCCGCCGGUGCAGCAUCCGACGCACUCUCCCUCGCGGAAAAACCAGACCCCUACGUCGGCUACGUGUGGAUGUUUGCCAACUGUAUUUCUUCUGCUCUCUUUGUGCUGAUCAUGCGUAAGAGAAUCAAGUUGACCAACUUCAAGGACUACGACACUAUGUUUUACAACAAUGUUCUAGCAUUGCCAAUCAUGUUGGUCGCCUCUUUCCUCAUCGAAGACUGGUCUAGUGCUAACGUCGCCGUCAAUUUGUCUCAGGACUCAGUCAUCGCAAUGAUCAUCUCUGGUUUGAACUCCGUUGGUAUUUCCUAUUGUUCCGGCUGGUGUGUCAGAGUCACCUCCUCGACUACCUACUCCAUGGUCGGUGCCUUGAACAAGCUACCAAUUGCCCUUGCUGGUCUUAUUUUCUUCGAUGCUCCAAGAAACUUCUUGUCCAUCUUCUCCAUCUUUUUGGGAUUCAUGGCCGGUAUCGUUUACGCUGUUGCCAAGCAAAAGAAGCAACAACAGCCAAACAAGGCUUGA